AGCAGCUGUUUGGUAAUUUCAGCACCCCGGACAGCGUCUGGUCACAGUGAACAGCUCCAGUUAGGCAUUUUUGUUUGUUUGCUUGUUUUGAGACAUAUCAGCCUGCUUGAAGAGAUGAAUAUGGAUAGAUGCUGCACAAAUGCCAAUGACAAGUUUGUAAUCCUGAAAGGCUCCAUUUAAAGGAAUGUUCAGGAAGAUUAAUAAUGUGUUCCGUCCCAACCAUCAUGGACACAAAGGACGGGAUGGUAAUGGUGGCGGUGGUGGUGGUGGGUUUCGGUCUGAGCAGGACUACCACAAUGCCUGCACCGUCAGGCUGGUUCGCAGCACCUCUAUGCUCGUCGUGGGAGAGAAAACUCAAGCUGCUGUGGGCUCAACUUUAAAACGGAGCAAGAGCACAGUGAGCAUCGAGUCGACCUUGUACUAUUAUCAGAGACAAGAGGACAGGAUAUGGCUCUACUCUCAGAAUCAGAACUGCCUGGAGUACCUGGAAGCGCUCGUGGCUUUGAGACGGCAGUACACAAAGAGCGUGAGUGACUUGAAAAGUAACGAUGCCAAGGCCACAGUGUCCUCCAAGAAGAAGCCCGCACCCCCUCCGCCUGCGAAGGAAGAACCGAUAUCAAGAGCCAAACCCUCUGCCCCUCCGGUCCCCAGUGUCGAGGACACAUUGCAGUUCUUUGAUGCAGUCAUCGCUGGCUGCGACAGCGAACCUCUGCGCAAACCGUACAUGGAUGAUGGACAUGCAGAUGUGGACUUCAUAGUGGCCUCCAGCUCAGCCGAACACGACCUCCACUCCAACUGGGUCCUGCGAGUCCCUCAGGUCGCAGACGACCCCAACCAGAAAGCAGAUCAUGACUGUGCCAAGGAAAGCGCCCAGAAGAAGAAAAACCAGAACGGGUCCACAAGCAGCAGACUGCGGCUGCAGAGGAACCCAAUCCAUCUUCCCAAAGUGGUGGAGAGUGCAUUCCAGACUCUGCGCUUCAAGCCCAAAUUAAAAAAGCAGUGAAGCCUGAUAGACAUUUGAAACCACCAGCACUGCCAUGAUGCUGACAUGGAGCUCAAGCUAGUUUGUAUGGACAGACACCAUGCUCUGAUAAAACUCCACCCGGACAAUUAAUACUUGCAUAAAAUAUGUAGAAGGUAUUUUAAAGGGAUAGUCCGGAUUUUUGGAAGCAGGGUUGUAUGAGGUGCUUAUCCAUAGACAGUAUAUUGUAAAAGUUCGCAUGCCCCUAGUGAGGAGAAGCAGACUGGAGUUCGCCAUGGAAGCUAAGUCAUCUACUGCUGUGGAGGGGUCCGCCACAAAUCAUAUUUUAGCCACCCGAAUAAAUCGAUAUCAGUUUACAUGUUCACUAUACUGAGAGUUUUUUCCACUGUUUCACCUUAAUAUCAGACAUUGAUUUCCAGCAGGAAAAUGAAGCGGUCAUUAUCGCUCUCUCAUAACCAGACUCCAUUGAGAAAACUCAAGCUAAGUGUCCCAUACAACCCCACUCCAAAAAAUCCACACUAUCCCUUUAAUAAAGCAAAUGUUAAGAAAUCUGUCUCUUCGAUGAUGUCAAGUCAGUGACUUGUCAUAGUUGGAAAACCACAGGCAUUACUAAUAACAUUAACGAUGGCUCUGUUCUUUUGAAGUGUCCCAGUAAGUCAUGAUACCAUGAUACCAUGACCAACAUGCACAAUACCAGGACCCUGAAACAGAAGCAGCUGAAUGGAACUCAGCCAUCGUUCAUUCAUUAUUUACUCCUGUGUUUUUCCUUUUACAUGUCAAAAUGUCUCCUGUGAAAAAGGCAUAUCCGGUAUCAUCUGUUUCAAGGAUUUCUGAACCUCAAUAUGCGAUUCAUACGUCUCAGUAAGAUGCCACUUUAAAUGAAUAUUACUUUGAGGAAUUUUACAGUUUAGUAUGUAAUAAAAAAAUUCCUUCUGAUGCCAGGAGAUUACUCUAACCCUUCUGUUGAUAGCAUUUCUUUAAAGUGUGCUUUUGAACAGAAUUAAAUAAGAGAAGUAAUAUAUAAUAUAAAACGCUGUGAGAGGUAUGGAAUUUAGCUUGAGUAGGGUUUAUGGUUCAGACCUGCGGAGAGAUGGCAUUCAUUCGAGGUAUCGAAGGAAACAGUAAAUUGCAACACUGUCCUUCACAGCAGUGAGACUCGCUGAAAGGUAAACAUAUUUCUGAACUGCAUGAAUGCCAGCUUCAUUUAAGAGAGGUCUAGAUUUGUAAGGCGAGUCUCAGGGCUGGGUUGACUGAAAAGUUGAAAACCAGUGAAGGUUAUCCUGCUUGUUGUCGCUGAAGUUAAAAUGGUUGUAAACAUAAAGGGUCAAUUCAGCCAAUUACAAAAAAGAAACCCUCAUUUCUGACUUGAUGUUAUCUUGC